CCUGGUGCAUCUGCACGCGCGCGCGCCCAAACGCCGCCGGGCAGCCCCAAAUCCAUCGCAUAGAUCAUGGAGGACGAGGUCAAGGAGCCCUCCUCACCCAUGGAGCCCGCCAGCCCCCAGGAGGGCCACACCAGGGAAGACACUUCGGCAGCAGUCGAAUCGGUGCUGCAAAGGGCCGCCGAGCAGGCGCAACGAAGCACGACCAAGAAGCGGUACGGCCCGAAGGACGCCUACAACGUCUCCGUCGCGUCGCUGAUUCUCACAGUUUGCGCGUUCUGCGCGGGCCUCGCAAUCAGCAUCCACAGUUCAUCCUCAGCCGCUCUGGGGUAUGCCCUCGAGAACGGUGUGGAUGCCAUCGGCUCCGUGCUGGUGCUGUGGCGCUUCUGGGGCGCCGGUGUCGUGUCCGAGGCGCAAUUGGAGUUACGAGAAAAGCGCGCCGACGUGGGCAUCGCUCUGAUGUUCGUGCUGCUGGGUUGGCUGGUGCGCCCGCGGCGUCCCUUCACGCCAUCGACGCGACUCGUGUCCAUCUCACGAUGACGUGGGUGGUGCUCUAGUCCAAUUUUGAGCCGAUUCGGACCGCGUCGAGACCGCGAUGCUCCGCGCAGGUGGCCAUCAACGGCAUGGCGACGCUCGCAUCGCACGAGGAGGCGGACAACCACUCGUUCUUGCUCGGGUUGUCCGUGCCGUCGGCGUUUCUCUUUGGUUUUCUUGGAUUUUAUAAACUAAGAAUAGCUCACGAAGUCGACUCGAUGGCGCUGCGCAAGGACGGCUUCUGUUCACUAGCGGGGGCUUGUUUGAGUUGCGGCGUGCUCAUCGGGUACUUUCUGAUGGUCGAGGCCGGGAUUUGGUGGGCAGAUGGGGUCGUCGCAAUGAUUGUUGGAUUGGUAUUGGUCGUGGCCGGUGCGGUGUCUCUGAAGAAGAAUGUGGCACUGAGGUGGUGGUCGCGCCAGUUCUGGGUCACGGAGGCGUCUCGGGCCGCCACCAAAAGACGAGCAAGGGCCGAGAUGAGUGACCUGUCGGAUUCUAGGGUGGACGCUCUGUCGCAAAAAGUGGAAGCGGCGCGGUCCGGGAUCGUGGUGGGGGACAGUAACUUGGUCUAGUUUGUGC